CACAUGCGCCGGAAGUAGGAAGUGGGGUUGGAAAACGACGGCCGCUGCCGCUGCGAGGGAGAGGCGGUGACUGCUGCAGCGUGAGGGUGGGUGCUGCGGCUGAACAGGCGCCGGGAGCUGACCUGAGGCCGGGUCGAGCCCUGGAGCGUGGGGGCUCCACGGAUAUUCUUCCCUCCCGGCAAGCAGCUCCAUCCGCGGCCGGGCUCUCCCGGCAUCUUCGCCGCAGCAUGGCCGAGUCCGCUUCUAGCGUGGGAGCGACCACGACCGUCACCGAGACGGAGGUGACUGAGCCGGAAAAUCGUAGUCUCACUAUCAAAUUAAGAAAACGAAAGCCAUCCAAGAAGGUGGAAUGGUCAAGUGAUACAGUGGACAAUGAGCACUUGGGACGGAGAUCUUCCAAAUGCUGCUGCAUCUACGAGAAGCCCCGGGCUUUUGAUGAGAGCUCAACAGAAAGCGAAGAUGAGGACGAUGAAGGUUGCGGCAAUGCCCAUUGCAUCCGAGGCCACAAGAAAAGCCAGCGGGGGAAGGCACAGUCUAAAGCAGGAGACGCUGGCCCAAAGGAGAACAACUGCAAGAAGGUGGAGCUACCUGACCAAAACCAUGCAGGGGCCAUGCAGCACUGAACCAUAUUUGGCCGUGGGGCAGAGAAGGAGCUCCUCAACUCUCCCCCAAAGGAGGACUGACACUGCCCCAACUGAGGCGAGGGAUGAAAAGAAGGGAAGGCCUAUACCUCCAGGUCUCAGCUGUCUUGUGCUGGUGCUGCCUUGACUGUGGGUAAAGGGGAGGGAGGGGUGGGAGGGCACGCACACCCAGCUCCACGCCUGUCUUGUGUCAGUGCUGCUACUGUUGUCUCUAUCCGUCUGUGGCUGGGGAGUCUGUCUGGUGCCACCCAUUCUCUCACCCUGCCCAACGAGGAAUGUAUUGACAGGACCUUCUUGGGUACUGUGGCUGAUUCCCCACCCCCCCACCCCCGCCCUGCAAUUUAAUUAAAUAUUUGUUAUCAAUGAUGAAUAUGACGGGGAGUGGGUCUGCUUUGAGAAGAGCAGUGCUAGAGCUUCGACCAAGAUCUUUUCUCCUUCCCCUUGUCUUCCUCGGUAUCUCUGGUUUCUUCCUUUAUUGCAAGCUCCUUUCCCAUUGGUCUUUUUUUCUUUUUUUUUAGCUCUGUGUAAGAAACCUACAAUCCACUCGGUUCAUCCUUGCUUGCAUUCUUCUUGUGCGCUGAGCCUGCAUCACUUUCACUAUCGGCCCCACUGCCUCCCACCUGCAGACUCACUCAUGCAAAAUCACUCGACAUAAAGCUGCCUUAAAGAUGCAGUCAUCGGGUCUCACCACUCUCUUAAGCUCCUAGUUUCUGGAAAAGGGUAGGUGUCGAGGCCACCUCAUCCCUGAUACACGACAAUCUCCACUUACCUUCUUAAAAGGACACUCCCCCCCCCGUGAUUUUUUUUAAACAAUUUCUUAUAUAAACGUCUGUAAGAAUUCUUAGUAGUGGGAUAUGAAAGGAAUGGGUGCAAAGGACACCUUGUGGUUGGAAACCUUGUGAGUCUUAUUGAUUUGGGCUUGAAAGAGGUAAAAGGGGUGAAUGUUUUAUGCAAAGGCACAGGCUGAUGUAUGGACUCAAAAAAAAAAAAAGGAAAUUGG